CGCCUUCGCCGCAGCAGGGUGUGGAGCAGUCGAGAGCAGCGUCUAUAUCGAGCGACAAGAUGGCGCGCCCUGGGCUGUGGCUGGCGGUGGCGCUGUGCAUCUCUGCGCCGUGGCUGGGCGCCUGCGAGGACCGCAACCCGCGGGACCAGUUCUACGACGAGCUGGACCGCCUGCUGGGCUUGCGGCCGGCCAAGAGGGAGGCUCGGCGGCCCGUGGUGUCUGCGGGCUGGCCGCGCACGCUGGAGGGCCUGGGCGAGGUGAGCGGCGUGUCCGUGGACCCCCACGGCGACCCCGUCAUCCUGCACCGAGGACCGCGGCACUGGGACGCCGGGACGUUCAAUUCGACGACGCACUACCAGCGGCGGGCGGAGGGCCCCAUCGCGGUGGACACCGUCCUGACGCUGGACGCGCACAGCGGCCGGCUCAAGCGCUCCUGGGGCCGCGGGCUCUUCUACCUGCCGCACGGCCUCACCGUCGACCCCAGGGGCCACGUCUGGGUCACCGACGUCGCCCUCCACCAGGCGCUCAAGUUCGCACCGGGCUCCCCGGAACCGCUCAUAGAGGUUGGUACUCGGUUCGAGCCCGGAGUGGGGCACUACCACCUGUGCCAGCCCACAGCCGUGGCGGUGGCACCGGAGCCCUCGGCUGAGGUCUUUAUCGCGGAUGGCUACUGCAAUUCACGCAUCGUGGUGGUCAGCUCGCAGGGCCGAUAUCUUAACCAGCUGCCUCGCUUCGAUGUUUUCGCUUCUACUGGAAAUGAGUUCUUGUCGCUUCAGGUGCCGCACGGCUUGGCGCUGCUGCCCCACCGAGACCUGCUGUGCAUCGCGGACCGCGACAACAUGCGCGUCGUCUGCCCCAGGGCCGGGCUGGUGGGCCGCACGCCGCCCACGCCGCCCUCCACCAUACAGGCGCCGGACAUGGGCCGCGUCUUUGCAGUCGCCGAGACAGGUGGUCUGCUGUACGCAGUGAAUGGGCCGACCUCACCCCGGAUACCAGUCCGGGGCUUCACCUUGGAUACGGACAACGAGUCCGUCGUCGACCGCUGGGGAGCAGAAGAGGGCCUGGAGACACCGCAUGCCCUCGCGGCGUGCCCCAACGGCAGCGCCCUCUACCUCAGCGAGCUGUCGCCGCCACGGGUCUGGAAGUUCGACCUGCGGCCGCUGCCGCACUUCUAGCUGGCAUCUGCCCCCGUGCCCGCUCCCGUCUCUGCCUCCCACCGCCCCACACCUCGACCCCUCAGCGGCCAGCUUAAAGCUCCACCACUCUCGCAACUUCUCCUCACUCGAUAGGCCGGCUACAACCGGACGUGACCAACUGCAACGCACAAAAUACCUGUAACGUUUCGGGAAAACAUCGUCAAGAGUAACUCUUUUCUUAAGAUUUCUUUCCUAUUAAUACACAAAAGUUUCGUAAAAUGGUGCUCAUCCUCAGGGGAAAAAAAUCGGGUUUCUUAUAUGGCGUAUUGCUGACGAAAUUAUCUCUCGUUAUCAGUCGAAUAACACCGACAACUCGAAGCAAAAGUUCGCCACCUCUUCUACUAUUCAUCUUCGGGAAUGCUGUAAAUUUCGUCUGCACGUGACGGGUAGAUAACUUCUCGAAUUGUUGCUUCAAGCUGACGGUGUUAUUUACUGGUAAACCAAAACUUCUUCCCAGUGAUCUGCUAAGAAUGCGUGCAUUCUACUACGAUGUAGUCGUUAGCGAUUUGAUGUUAGAAUCAUGUAUCUUCUUUUGAUUACACAAAUUUGGAAAAAAAACACACGUUGGGUGUAACAGCAGCAAAUAAUUGCCAUUUGAACGCGCAGUGCUUUCCUUUGAGAAGGAAACCACCCCAAAGUGAGCGAAAGCUUCUGUCGAAGUAAUAUCAAACUUGAGUAAUCCUCCGAAAUACGGACGGAAAAUUACCUCGUUUUAGAGAACAAACUGAAAGUUUGUGUCAGUACCACUGGCUGUGACUUUGGACUGGGUGUCGCAGUCGUAAGAUAAAACACACGGUUUUAUAAUUUAUCGAUUAGUCACCUCACCGUAUACGGAAUCAUGUGUUACAGGGAGAACUAAGUACUCCUUUUAAGAGGUAUGUUUUUGUCGCAACAUAUAUCUCCCAGAGCGUACACAACAACAACUUGAAUGCAAAACUGGUGAAUAUCAACCAGGUUCCACACCACAUGGAUCUUGCCCAGGGUAAAUUUUAGUUAUGAAACUAAUUAUGAGGUUACUAAAAAAUUUACAGUAAGAAAGUAGUCUGUAUCUUCGUAGAUUACAAAGAUGACGCAAUGAACUGUACGUCUCUCCUCCAGAUUCUGAAGUAACAGGGUCUGGAACCCAAAACCACGGCAGUUAUUAGUGAAACACUAAACAUAAAAAAAUCGAAGGUGAAAUACAGAGCACAAUUUUCGGAACAUUAUGCAGUUAAAACUGGAGUGAGACAGGGUCAUGGGCUCUCCCCAUUACUUUUUAACUAUGUCUUAGAAACAGUUGUUCAAAAGCGGAGAUAACUGAAAGCAGAGCUUUAAAUUGACGAACCAACCAAAUCAUGAAGAACCAGUAGUAGGAAAUAACUCAAAAACCAAUACAAAUUCUUAAACAAUCAGCAGAUAGAGUAGGGGUCCAAACGCCAUUUUAAAAAACAAAAGAUAUAUCUAGCGACUACCUGCAAUCCAAAAUUCUAAGUAUCAAAUAUAAGAAAAAGGAGAGAGUUUCUCUGCUCAAAUACUAAGACAAAACUACCCAGGAAAUCCGUCUGAGAAAGAAUGGUAAUGAAAUUCGUUGUCACAAAAUGGAAACACCAUUCAGACUUACAAAAGUAAAAAAAAGAGCUUUUCAGAAUACAUCAAGCUGAGGCACUACAACACAAUCAAACCAGAUUGUCUAUAUGGUGAUGAAACACAGGUUUUCAACACAAAGAGGGACACAAAAAAAGAGAGGACGAAAAGUAAUCAGGAAAAUAUUAGGAUCCAAUGACACCGAAGAAAGAAGACAUUUUACACAAGUUUUAGGUAGUAUUGACAAUUCAAAAUUGUACUAAAUUGGGCAUUUGUGAUUAGGAAGUUAGUUGAGUUAACAAUGGACACAAGACAAAAGUAAAAGAGGACAAGAAAAUGACCUAGAACUUUAACUUUACGAAUGGAUUGAAAUAGGAUGAUGGUGUAUCUGCAGUCCUUUUCAACUUAGCGCCACGUAGUCUGAUACAAAAAGUAUACAAGAGAGAGCAGUAGUGAUGAAAUUGUUUUAGAGAUGUGCAGUUGUGACAAAAGAUAUAAACACCCUUAAAGAAAUGUACGUAAUGAUGGAAGCAGAAGGAGCAAAAAUUCAUUUUACGGUAAACGAAAACAAGACCAAAUAGACGGUAAUGUCCAAUUCUAAGGCAAGAAGAACACCACAUGAUCUGAAGGCCUCUGAUGAUUGUUUUAAAACUGCCAACUGCAUCCAUUAUUUAAGUGUCCUCUUAACCAGCGAUAAUAAUAUGAGAAUGUAUUAGAGAAAGGAUACAAAGAGACAGCCUGUUAUGCAAACUUACAGAUAUUCGAGAAUUCCAUUACUUCAAAAUCAACCAAGUUAAGAAUAUACUAUUCCUUUGUGCGACCAGUUGUUAUAUAUGGGUCAGAAAUGUAGACGAUGAUAGAAGCAGAUAUGAAUAACCUACGGGCAUGUGAAAGGAAAAUUCUGCGAGAAAUUUUUGGGCCCAUGAGAGAGGCAGAGGGUGGGAGAAUACCCCUACAAUCACGAAAUACAAGAGCUUAUACAACAUAAAGAUAUAGUGAAAAUUGAUAAAACUCAAAGAAUACCCUGUUUAUGACAUAUGGAGAGGAUGACAGAUGAGAGAAUGCCGAAAUGAAUAAUGAAAGGCAGAUUGUAUUCCAACAGAAGGAAGGGCCGACCAAGAGCUAGAUGGCUGGACAGUGUGUUGGCUGACGUCAGAAAGGUGGAAAUUCGAGGAUGGAAGAGAAAAUCAGAAAACAGAGCUGUAUCGAGGAAGACUGUUGAGGAAGCCGAGACCCGUCACGGGGCUGUAGGGCCAAAGAAGAAGAAGAAGAAGAAUUAGAAGAAGAAGAAGAGGAAGAAGAAGGAGAAUUCUAAGAAGAAGAAGAAGAAGAGGAAGAAGAAGAAGAAGAAGAAUUAGAAGAAGAAGAAGAACAAGAGGAAGAAGAAGAAACACGCAAACUAAGAGUAAAUAAAGACAUUAAAAAAUAAACCAACGUUUAUUCGAGUACGAAAAAAAAUCCCAUGUUCUUGGGGCAUAUUAAAGGACUGGGGAGAAGUCUGUGAAACCUGCAGUAAAUCUAAAAUUGAAAUAAUAAAAUGGUUUGACGUAUUAAAAGAAGAUCUGAAGGAAGCAGAAAUAACGUAACUUGAUAUACUACACAGAAAACAUUUUAGACAGAAAAUUCACAACUGGGCAGUUGGUCUACAGAAAAACCGAAGAAGAGUGUAAAAGUUUGGUCCGACGAGCGGAAAAGAGCCAAUUCUGAGAGAAUAAAAGCAAUGUCGGCUGAAGGAGUAGCUAAAAAAAACCUGAAAAUGCCUCUUGUUGUGCAUCGAGUAAUCUAUCGAACGUGGAUAAUACAUAGUCCUAAAAUCGUAACGCUGGGUGGGAAAAGAAAAUUACAAAGAUAAUGCCACGAAAAGCGCAGGGCCCAAAACCAACUAGAGGUACUGCAGCGAUUAUAGCCAGCGAUAUAAUUUUCGUGCAAGCCACAUGGCUUCUGGCAAGCCUGACUCAAGAGCCGCUGUGGAUUGUGUUGUUGGUGAGCGGAGAUCCAUCGCAACCAGUCCGGCACAUCUCAUGGCGGCAGAGGCCCACAUUUGGAUCCGGUUUGACAACAACACAUACGAUAGUUAAUGUUAGUAUACUAAACACGAUUGUCGUGUCCAUGAAAAUAAAUAUGUCGCUACAGACACUAUCCUCUUCUUCGACUUUCUAAAAUUACGAAAGAAAAUCACAGAUACGACCAGGAAAUAGCAAUUACAAUUACAAAAUCUGUACUUAAUCGACAAAGAUACGAAACAACUGCGUAACAGAAAUUCAUGAAGGCCUAAAAUAAACUGCCUUACUAACAGAAAUAAUUCAGGAUCGAACAAAAAUCAGGGCAACAGUUAAGAAUCACAAUUUUUCUAAGACAUAUCUUGUAUGUGUGUGUGUGUGUGUGUGUGUGUGUGUGUGUGUGUGUGUGUGUGUGUGUGUGUGUGUUGCAUGUGCGUGCGCAUGCGCGCCAGCGGAUAUUGUAUGCUGUUCUUAGAAUCAACGCGAAAAUAUGCCACAUUUCCUGCAACCAAAGAAGAAGAUUUGAACAUUAGAUCGUACAACAGAAAGAGUCAGAAUGUUUCUUCAGUACUCACUUGAAUAGAAUCACAGCUUUCUGAACAAGUUUGUGAUCUAAUCAAAGACUAUUUUUAUGAAAUACUUUCCGUAGCUGGUUUAUUUUUUAUUUUAAUACGGCUCACGAUUAAAUCAGACACGGAAUUCGACGGAAUUAAUGAGACGCACAAAAUAUUAUCGUAAGUCGUUCUCCGCAUGUCUGAGUUUACCGUAUCCAGAAUUUACGCCUGUACAUGCAGCAUGUCGAAUUGGGACCUAUCGAAGUCUGUCUCCAACAGAGUUGUCAGAUUUACAGCUCAGUGGCUCUUUUGACCAUGCGAAUUUGUUAGUGAUGGCUGAUGCGCUCUUAGUUUUAUUUACAAGUAUACUGAUGUCUAUUUAAGUACUUAAUAAUUGGAUCUGAACCCAAGUUAAAUUAAGAUCGGCCACUAUGAAACAGGACUCCCCACUGCGAUAGAUUCUGUGUAAUACCACACGUGUCAAUUGUCUUUCCUAGAUACAAUGACAACGCAGUUUUUCUUACGCGUGUAAGAUCAGCAUCACGUUAUUGUUGAGAUUCGUAAUUAGUUGCACUGCCAUGUCUUAUCUUUGGGCUAACUUUUCUUUUUGCACUUAGUUCGUUCUGUAGAGGUUUUAUGGAAGAGGAGAGAGGUCCCAACGGUUGUUUUUCCAACUGCAGUUAGAUGAAGUGCUAUUUGUACAUUUUCUUACUUGGAAAACUGUUUUCCAUCCUUUGGGCCAUUAUUUCUUCAAUUAGUCCGAAACCGCUCUCCAGUUCUUAUUGUAAUGUGCUAGUCAUUUUAUCUCUGCCAACGAUUUAAAUUCAUCAUCAUCUUUAAUCUCUUCUGUUAAUCCGUUCUUUUUCGUCUCACUGCAGUUAUUUGUCUUUGCUGGUUUCUGUAUUUCCAAAUUAACAGAGGCAGAUAUCUGAUCACAUGUCCGCUAUACCCCCAUUGCGAAGGAUUUCGCGUACAUUCAUCUAAUCGACGGCUCAGCCUACUAUAUAAAUAUGACAGAACUUUCCUAACUACCCGGAAAUAGCAAACAUCUCAUUUUACGCAGAUAAGAGAAUUAGUGUGGUUGCGUUUUCUAGCUACUAUAUUUACAAAAGAAGAAAAGUAAUCGAAAAAGGCACGAAAUUAUAAACAUUUUGGUGAUAUUUACAUUCAGAAACGUCGAAAAUUCGAAAAUCUGUAUAUGAUAACUAGGUCGUAGAAACAAUAUAGGCUCCAGAACAAAUAGCGAGAGUGGUAAUGGUGCUUUAAACUUAUAUACAGUCUGGCACAAACUGUAAAUUGUAUCUCCAUAUUCAUGUAUGCAAAUGAUUUUUCACAUAGGAACGACAUCAAAAAUUGCAACGAAAACGAAUGACAGAGUAAUAAAAAAUAACUGUUUCGAUUAAAUCAUAGGAUGUUCAUGUCAAAUCAAAUAUUAAUAUAUAGGCUUCCUCUCACAGGUUGUUUUCCCACCUACUUAGAAGUUACUCAGUUUAAAUGAGGUGUUUUUGUGGAAAGUUUAAAAUGUUUCUCCACUUCUUUGUACAACCAAAUUGUUUCUGGAAAUUACAACGGUACAGAUACAGGAGCACAACUUCGAUCGCCAUUGUUGGUUUUAUGUUUUCGAAGCAAUCACUGCCAUUCGAGCUGAUCAUAAGUAAUGUUCACGCUGGGUUAGCCUAUGGUGUCUGUAGGAUGCCGAGUACCUUCCAACAGUUAGAUAGAAACGCAAAUGAGAAGGAGAACUGCUACUAGCAUUGUCGGGUCCAACACAAGAUCUAAUUCAUUGCUGUGACAGAACGCAAUUACUACUUUCGACAUGAACAACAACGUUCGCUCAUAAUCAACUUCACUGCGCAACAGCUAACAACACAAGAAUUCUCUGUAUCUUCUCUCGUUUCACAAGAAGUGUUUGUUAAGCAGUUUAUUAGUCGAGAUGGUACACUUUAAGCUGGCCACAUUCCUAAUACGUGACGUCUUCCUACUCUUCGUAGACUGCAUGUGUUUGUCACUACCUGUUUCCCAACAGUCCAGGAUAUGCCACAUGUUCAUGAUCACACAAUUUUAUCAGAGUAGCAAUGAUCCAAGAAUUCUCUCUAGAGAAAGAGAGCUGUUGUUACUAAUUACAACACAUCCUACCUAUUUUGUGUCUCCUACGUAGUAGUCGAUGAAACAGAAGCAACUGCACAAAACCUGAGCACAGGAGGAAAAUACUGAAUAUACUGUCCUAUUAUAGCUCAGAAAAUAGUGUGUUGCACGAUAAAAUCACCUUAAUUCUUGACAACGUAGAAUUUUAUUUUUACAUAGGACGCUAGGAGGGAAAUGCAUAUGCAUAAGUCAAAGGUAAGGAAGAAAAGUCUUUCAGAUUCGAGGCCUCUCGGUGAACUUUUAUGUUGCAUCGUCAGGUCGCGACUUAAUAAAACAAAUGGGGAAUAUACGAGAGGUACAACUGUAUAUUUUCAGAACAGUGAACAGUCAGAUGUAACGACAAAAUGUUAUUACUACUUAAAAUAAAAUUUUCACACUGUCUCAUGAAGACUAGCUUUUGCUGAUAUGCAAUUGAACUUUCCUUUGUGUUAUAUCUGUCCACUGGUUUUGUAUGUAUCUUUACAGACGCCUAAAAUGUUGAUACUGAUGGUUCUAACUAUUAAUAAACUCGGUUUAUAUUCUUCUAUUGUAAUGACAAUUGACUUUUAAAAAGAACUAUUUUUAAGAACUAUUGACUUCUUAUCACUCGUUCCUGUCAGUUUUGAUGGUUUUGAUUUCGUGUUACAUUCUGAAAAUACGUGAAGGACGUAAUUCCUAAUGGCAGAGAGAAACCAGAAGGUAUUAAGGCGUUUGUUACAAAAAAACAUUUAGUUUUUGAGAAAUGAAUUUAUGUCUGAUUUUGUGAUCAAAUUGGCUAUAAUUUAUUGUAUAUUUAUGUACCGAUUUCUAGAAAAUAAAUUUAUCGAUUAAAGAACACUAUUGAAUAUAAA